AGCACUGAACGCAGCAAAUGUUGUAGGACUAGGAAAUGUGACCUCUGAGGCCACCGUAGCCACGUACGAAGUAAUAGGCGCGUUCCUUUGGUUUAGUCCAUGAAUGCUAAGCUAAUACCUUUGAAUGUUUCAGUGAUUUAAAGUCGUUAAAUUGUUUCUAUUUCAAUGGAGAGUAUAAAUGCCAAAUACGUGUCUCAGAAAAUCAGCAAAACCAGAUGGCGUCCAGUGUCGCACUCGUCUUUACAGCAAGCGGAUAUCUUUGCGACUGGCUCGUGGGAUAACGAGGUUGGCAGAGCUGUCUGUUAUUAUCGCAAAUACUUAGGAUACAGUGGUAUCCAAACGCCAUAUAAAAAUUAUUGUUUCAAUGUGUUUUUGCUGAUAUAAAGACUUAGCAUGAAAUAUAUAUCUUAAUGUGAACCACAAUUUGUUAGGUGUCGGCUUUCGGCUUUAGCUAGUCGAUGUGAAAUGUGACAUUUCCUUCAGAAACAAACAUUUCACUUGUAUUUUCAACAGAAAUGACUCCUUGUGUUGGGCACAUAUGACCUUUAUAGAAAAGUAGGUUACGUUGUUUUUUUUUUGUUAGAAAUCAAUCCUUGCAUAUAUGCAGGACGAAGUAAUAAUAAAAAUGCAUCAGAUUUCAUAUAGCGCUUUAUCAGAGACCCUCAAAGCGCUUUACAUUGGAUACAUCAUUAAUUCGCUCACACAGUCACACUUUUGGUGGUGGUAAACUACCUUAGUAGUCACAGCUGCCCUGGGGCAGACUGACGGAAACGUGGCUGCCAAGAUGCUCCUCUCUCUUUCCUGGGGUUGCCAAAAGCUCCAUGUAGUCGGUUUAAGGGAGACUGAUGGAAGUACAGUUACUGAGUGUCAGACAAUGGAAACAUUGAUUAAUCAGUCAGGUUAAUAUUUUGGGGCGAUUAUUGGCAGAAUUAAUCCACAUUGGCUGAUAUCUCUUUGUGACCUUGAGUCAAAACUGAAUUGUGUUGUGAGGGUUCAGACAAAUCCAGCACUGCUGUGGAGAGCUUGUUUUUGGAUUACGGAUUGUUUGUGCUUCCCUUUUGUCUUAUAUUUACAUUUUGGUUUGCAACAACCUAUAACUGGACUUGAGUAAAGCCCAGGAAUGUAUCUCUUGUUACAGGACAACAGGAUUUCUCUUUGGUCCAUUGGGAAUCAUGGAAGUUCUGGCAUGGAUGAUGGGUUUGAGGGAGACCCACAGCUUUUAUGUGAACACAAGCAUGAUGGGGAUGUUCUAGACCUUCAAGUAAGACUUUCUUGAGGAUGUAAGAUAAUGUAACAGCAUGUAAAUAGUAGAAAUGUAAAGAAUUGUAAGGUUUCCUUUGCUUUAACAUUGAAAAAAAAGCCAAAGUUUAUUGUUGAAAUGCUCGAAUCAUUUUUUUUCCUGAGCCCAGACUAUCUAACAGGACUGAGUACAGAUUCUGCUCUUGUUUGUUUAUAAUGUUUUGGUGUAUUCCACGUCUGACCUGUAUUUUCUGUUUAUACCGUAUGUUUUAUAUGUAAUUUCUCAGUUUUUGGACCAAGACAGAGUCGUUACGGCAUCAUCAACUGGAGCAGUCACCAUCUUUCGCCACCACCAAAACAGUCAGGUACACACCUUCGUGGCAAUUUCUCGUAAAUACAAACAUUUAACAUGCAGUAUAUGUCAUCUUAAUCUUUCUAAACUCCCUGCUUUAUGCUGCACACGAUCCUUGUGGGCUAACAAAUACUGCAUAAAAACAUAGUCUAACCUUUUCUCUCUGCAGACGCUGUCAUUGUCUCAGCGCUGGGAAAGAGCGCAUUGUUACCCCUGUGACAACGCUCCCUGUACCAGUAUCGUGUGCAGCAGUCCUGAGAUUGUUUCAGUGGGUGAAGAUGGAAAGAUCAUUGUAUUCAGAAGUGACCAUGAGGGAGUCGUAAGAGUCAUAGGUGAGUUAAAGUUCAAGCUGCUUUAGCCACACAGAGCAUGAAUCUCUGUGUACAAUAGCAUCUCCAUUUAAGUCGAGAGAGUGAAGUUUAAUUCAUUUUUUGUCUGUUGAAUCAUUUGCAGAAAAUGCAGACAGCAGCACGAUUCAUGCUGUGACUUAUCUGAGGACCACAGAGAUCCUGACCGUGAACUCUAUAGGCCAACUAAAGCUGUGGGACUUAAGACAACAAGGCAGCUCACCGUCCCAGAUUCUCUCCCUGUAAGAUCAAGAUUAAACUCAAAAUCACCCCUCAACUUUUUAAGCCCUUAGUUUACUUCUUUGCAUGAUAUAGUUCUAACCUGUGUUUGCAGAUGAGGUAAUGAAUUGUUUUCUCAGGUAAUGAUUUGAUCAAUGACUUCUGAUCCAUGCUGUAAUUUCCACUACAGAGUCAUGUCUGUUUUGAAUGCAGUGGCCCUUUUGUACAGGAAUUUUUCUGAAUCUUGUCAUGAUAUUAGAAACCAUACUUGAUGGACUCUCCGAAUUCUUUGCAAUCCUAUACUGAGUAUUAUUAUUCUAAAAUUAUUAAACUAUUUAUUCACUCAGUCCCUAACAGAACAGUGACUCAGAUUCGGCCUCUCCAGGUUGCCCCCUUUUUAUACCCAGUGAUAUUACUAACAUAUUGCAAAUUUACAUAAUCAACUGGAUUUUUUAGAAUUUUUUUGUUGCAUUUUUAGUGUGUCAUAUGUUUUCUUUGUAGUAUUUAAAUGAUAUAGAUAAUUGGGGAAUUAUUAAAAAAGUUUUUUUUACACAUUUUAAAAAGCAUCCUAAAUUUGGGGGUAUUCGAAUUGUUUAUCUAAUUGUUGAACAGGGAGCACAAUACUUUAUCCCAAAAAUUGUGUCCAGAUGAUCAGUAAAUAGGUCAAAGGCUUCAGACAGGAAAUGAGAUAUUAAACUCGAGAUGUCAUGCUGCCAAAGGCCUGAUCAUAUCAUCUUUGGUUAAUAUCAUACAAACUAUAUCAGGAGUUGUUUUUCUCUUCAGGUCAGGGGAUCGAGUCCCUUUGCGCUGUGUUGACAGACAUCCAAACCAGCAGCACAUUGUGGCCACAGGAGGGCAGGAUGGCAUGCUGUGUGUGUGGGACGUGAGACAAGGCAACACACCCUUCUCACUCAUGGAGGCGCACUCUGCUGAAAGUAAGAUGUUCACUGGUGAAUUAUAUCGUGUACCAGGUUUGAACUCACAAACUCACUCAUAUUCCAAUGAUGCACUUGAACCGAGAGGUUGCAGCAAGUUUGGUCUCUCUGUAAUAUCUGUAAUUUUUGCUGGAUUUUUUUCAUAUUUUUGUUGUCAUUUUGUUGGCUGCUGAUGGAUACUUCUGCUGGGCAAAGAGUUAACUCAAGAGAAGAGCUCCUUUCAUUGAGGAAAGGAAGGAAAAGAAAGGAGGAGGCCUGGCUUUAUUUGUCAACCAGAGAUGGUGUAACCCUUCACACAUAACUGUCAAGGAGAAGUUGUGUUGUCCAGAUAUUGAACUGUUGGCAGUUUCUCUUCGGCCACAUUUUGUUCCAAGAGAAUUAAGUCAUAUCAUAACAAUAGUUGUUUACAUCCCACCCAAAUCAACUGAAAAAAAUCCAUGCAAUCUUAUGCAUAAUAGUGUUGCCAGGCCACAGACUCAACACCUGGCACUAAUUUUAUUAUAAUUAAUAAUAAUAUUUAAUUAUAAUUAUUAGGCACUAAUAAUAAUAUCAGGAGACUUCAACCAUGUCAACCUCUCCUCUCACCUGACUGGAUUCACACAGUUUGUGAACUGUCCUACCAGAGAAAACAAGACCCUGGAUCUGCUGUAUGCCAACGUCAAAGAAGCCUACAGAGCCACUGCCUUACCACCACUGAGCAAGUCAGAUCAUAACUUGGUCUAUCUACAGACCUGUGACAGACCUUGUGUACUGAGGCAGCCUGUGAUCAAAGUCAAAAUCAGAAGAUGGACACCUCAAACCAGUGAAGCUCUAAGGGACUGUUUUAAAUCAACAGAGUGGAAUGUGCUGCUGGAAACAGAUGUGGAUAGUAUGAACAUUGACAGACAGGUUGACUGCUUUACUGAAUAUGUCAACUUCUGUAGAGACACAGUUAUACCCACAAAGACUGUUCGCUGUUUCUCCAACAACAAACCCUGGAUCACAAAUGACUUAAAAGCAAUCCUUUACCAGAAAAAGAAAGCUUUUAAAGAUGGUGCCAAAGAACAACUCAAACAAGUGCAACAAGAGUUGAAGAGGAGACUGAAGAUGGCAAAGCUGGAGUACAAAAAGAAGAUAGAGAAUAAUCUACAACACAGCAACAUCCAUGAAGUGUGGAGAGGAAUCAGUACCAUCACUGGACACAGCAGUCAAAAGAAAAGACAGACAAUGGUGGGUGAUGUGAAAAGAGCUGAUGAACUCAACCUGUUCUUCAACAGAUUUGACACUGCUGUCACUCCCACUUCCACUGCUACUCCACCUUCCUCUCCACAACAAAUCUCCACUACAACUUCUCACCUUCCUCCUCCAUCUCGUUCAAAUGUCUCAACUACUUCAACUGCCUCCCUCCUAGAACACCAGUCCUUGUCUGUCACCGAAAAAGGGGUGAGGAUGGAGCUUGGAAGACUUUGUCCUGGGAAGGCAGCAGGUCCAGAUGGUGUGUGUCCAAGGCUGCUUAGAGACUGUGCUGCAGAACUGUAUCAACCUCUCCACAGGAUCUUCAACCAAAGUCUACAGCUGGGGCGGGUACCUACUCUGGGGAAAACAUUCUGCAUCGUGCCAGUACCAAAACCAAAAUGUCCCGCUGAACUCAGUGACUACAGACCAGUGGCCCUCACUUCACAUAUCAUGUAUCUUGUAUUGUGUACUCUGCAAAGUCGGCAGAAAUCGUUUAGAUCCGACGUAUUCUGCUGAUAUAAACGAUUUCUGCCGACUUUGCAAAGUCAACUGCAGAAUUAACGGCGUUCUGAAUGAACGGGGCUUUGAAAAGUCCCGUAGCAUGUGUUAGACGUCACCAUCUACACAUGGACCAAUCAGGGGCUGCCUUUCCCUGUUGUCCGGGUAACAGUGGAAACAUGGUCUCUGAUUGGCUCGGUUAUUUUCUGAUCGUGAAUACACGCUCCCAAUGGGCCGAAGUCCAGACUGUGGUGGGAAGGAACGGCAAGUGAUUCACGCAACAGGAUGGCCCAGCCAGGCUAAUAAAUACCUAGGUGUACAUCUGGAUAAUAAGUUGGAUUGGUCUAAUAAUAUAGACUUCAUCUACAGAAAGGGGCAGAGCCCCUUUUGCCUGAGAAGACUCCAAUCAGUAGACAUCUGUAGUAAGAUGCUGCAGAUGUUUUAUCAGUCUGUGGUGGCAAGUGUUCUGUUCUACGCUGCAGUCUGCUGGGGAGGAAGCAUCAAACACAAAGAUGCAAGACGUCUGAACUGGUGAAAAAGGCUGGCUCUGUGGUAGGACUCAAGCUGGACUCAGUGGAGGAUGUGGUGGAAAGAUUUACACUGAGGAAGGUGGAGACUAUUCUCAAGAACACAGAUCACCCACCAAAGGGCCAAUGAUGGUGGACGGCUUUUCUCUUCUUCUGCUUCUUCUUCUUCUUCUUCCUCCUAACUUUUAAUAAAAUAAUUAUUUUUUUGUUUUUCUGCCCAGUGUGGGAAGUUCACUUCCACCCAACCAACCCGGAUCAUCUCUUCACUUGUUCAGAGGACGGUUCUCUGCUGCACUGGGAGAUAUCCUCACAGUCUGGGAUGCCCUCCUUCUUACAAGGCAAGUUCUUGCUCUUUGGCCUAGUGAGCAGGGAGGUAAGCUGCUUAAAAAAUGCAUUUUGGCACAAAAAAUGAUGCACUUUGUUCUUGGAAACAGAGGUCCAAAAUAGAAAUGUGCAUUUUUUUCAGGGGUAGCUGUUUUUUUUUUUGUUUUUUUUUUUCCCCAAGUCCUUUUUUGGUUUUUGGACUGAUAUAGGUCAAGACAUUCACUUGUGGAGUAUAAGCAGCUCUUAGGGGAAAAAAAUUGAACUUCAGAACAAAUUUUCAACACUAUAUUUGAGUACUUUUCUUUGAGACUGUGAACUCUGACUUUUGGCCUCAAAAACCAAAAUGAGUUACAAAUUUUAUCACUAAAGAAUUUUGUCAUGAGUUGACAAUCACUGACCAACAAAACUAAAACAUUGACUUUCAGCUUCCAUGUCAGCCACUGUAUAUUUAUAAAUUUCCGUUCUUUAUCAUUCAGCUAUCGCAAUUAUCUUGUGGAUGUUAGUGUGACCACAGUGACAUAUCCUCUUACAUGUACAUGCACAGAUGAUUUUGAUCUAAAAAGCUGACACAUCAACUGUCUAAUUUUGACCAUAGUCUCAUAAAAAUCCCUUUAUCGAUUUUCAGGUGGUAGGAACAAUAGUAUGAUAUCGCGCAGUGCCAUGGCCCCAGCUGGAGGGAACCAGUCCCUGAUCAGUGCCUGGCUCAGCGGUGACUCCAGCAAAGGCCGCCUGGAGACAACUCACAUGCUGCCCAGCCAGACGCUGUCUGUCAACAGCUUGGACGUACUUGGUCAGUGUCUCGUCUGUGGGACCGAUGGAGAGGCUAUCUUUGUUAACAGACAGGUCCCAAUUUAAAAGAGUGCACCAAAGAAAAAGUGCAUAAGAUAUUUAUUAACAUUUUCAGUCAUAGUAGAGGUUUGUCAUUAUCUUUGAUCAUACAGGACGCCUAGAAUAAAAGUUUUCUUGUGAUAUGACUUUUGUAUUUGUCUGUCCUAUAACGUGACAUACAAAACCAAAUUGUGCGCUUCUGUUGUGUAAAGAUCUGUUUUUUUAAGCCAGUUCAUGCAAAGUAUAAUUCAACUCUACUUUUGUACAAAAGUGAUGUUAAACUUUUUACAGUAAAUAAAUUCAAAUAAAUUUGCCUGGAUGUAUCAUGAUUCGUAUCUUUUCCAUUACACCAACCUUCAUUGUGGCUGUGUAUAAGUUCCUUUCAGGUAAACCUGCCAAACACUUGUCAGCUCUGUAUUUUGAAACAAUUUCCAAAAUUGAGAACUUUAAAAAGUGUCAGUAUCAUUCCAUCCAUGGUUGCACAGUUUGUUUAAAUGGUUCAGAGGCUAAGUGGAAGAUGACGAAGAAAGGUACGAAAAAAAGAAAUCAAGCUUCAGCUAAGCGAAUAAAGUUUCCCAAA